GACACAGCUAGCUCAUUUCUUUAAUAUUUUUGUUUUCGAUAAAUUUUAUAAAUAAACUUAUGGAGAAACAGUUUCCAUGCAUUGAAAACCCAGCAUUAAUGCAGACAGGAACGAUUCAGCAUUUUUUAAGUUUUUACAAAUUAUUUAAAAACAAACAGUAACGAGAAUGGCUUCGCUUUCUCGAUUAAAGUUUAUGCAUUGUAUAUAAGUAUGUCUGUGAUGUCUCACCAAGUCAGGCAGUUUUUGAAAGUGAUAAAAAACGGUUCAGUUGUAUAGUGCGAAAAUGUUGAAAAUUGUGGUUCUAGUUUUGUUGAUACAAAGUGUAGUCAGUUUCGACGAACGUUUGACCGUUGUGAAUGGUUUAGCGGUAGACAUAAAAAACGACCCUAUCAAGUAGCGAUGAAUGUAAAUUAUAUACCGUUUGCUUAUGCUGACUGUCAUGGGUGUGAUAAUUAGUAGAAAUUAUGUCUUAACCGCUGCGGACUGUGUGGACAAAACCGAAUAUACUUACGUUAUUCGUGCUGGUAGUUCGGAUUGUACGUGGUGGGGUUCUAUCUACAACAUCAAAAAAAAAUUCAUUCAUGAUUUGUUCGUACGUAAACCAUCAUUGAAAUACGAUAUAGCCGUCUUGGAGACGGCUACAGAAAUCCAGUUUACUGAUGCCGUACGGUCAAUAAUAAUGGCUGAAAAAGACUUUGAUCCGAGUGAUGUUUUCGUGGAAAUCAGCGGCUAUGGAAGAAUUUGUGCAGAUAAUCAAUGUCCGAACAGCGACAAGCUGAUGAAAGUGGAGAUGGAAGUAAUCACUCGUGACGAAUGCCUAAACUAUUUUCCAAAAAUUUUAUCUAACGAACUGUGUCAUAUCGACAGUAGCCACCAUUCUGCAAUGUGUCAGGGAGAUUCGGGAGGACCCGUCACCCUCGCUAGGAGUACCGAGGAAUUAUUGGUGGGAGUACUCAGUUAUGUCUAUAAAUGUAUGCAAAAUGAUACCAGCGUAUCGUCAUCCAUUCCAGAAUUCAGAGACUGGAUUAAAAAUUAUACCAAAAUAUAAAUACCUUUCUCACACAUUUAUUUAAUUUGAAUUCAGCAAAACAACCAUGAAAACAACAUCAAACACAAUUUAAUUUAAUAUUUUAUUUUUCAAUAAAAUUUAGUUUG